CUCUGACGUCACGCGGCCUCACGAGAGUUGGGAGCGGCCGGUUGAACCGGUAGCCGACGGAGGGAGGCGGUGAGUCUGGGCAACCUGUACAGCAGCCCGGAGACCAUGGACGAUACUUUGUUUCAGUUAAGGUUUACGUCAAAACAACUGGAGCGAUUGGCAAAGAAGGCUGAAAAAGACUCAAAAUCUGAACAAGCAAAAGUGAAGAAGGCUCUUCAACAAAAAAACAUUGAAGGAGCAAAGAUCUAUGCAGAAAAUGCAAUCAGAAAGAAAAAUGAAGGCCUUAACUGGUUACGGACAGCUUCCCGAGUUGAUGCAGUAGCGUCGAAAGUACAGACAGCAGUUACAAUGAAAGGGGUUACAAAGAACAUGGCACGUGUUACACAAGGACUGGAUAAGGCACUGAAAUCGAUGGAUUUACAGAAAAUUUCUGCUGUAAUGGACAAAUUUGAACAACAAGUUCAAAAUCUAGAUGUACACACUUCAGUGAUGGAAGACUCUAUGAGCUCUGCAAUGACAUUAACCACUCCUCAGGAACAGGUUGACAGCCUCAUUUUGCAGAUUGCAGAGGAGAAUGGUUUGGAGGUCAUGGACCAACUGAACCAACUUCCAGCAGGUGCAGCAUCCCUUGGUGAAUCCUCAGUACGUGAACAGGACAAGGAAGACCAGCUUUCAAGAAGGUUGGCUGCUUUGAGGAAUUGAAAGUGGGAUUGAUGUGUAAUCCAGAAUGAUGGCGUGUAAUCUGCAUUAUCUUUCCUACACUGUCACUGGGACAAUGUACAAUGUGUAUAAUGCCUAAAAACACAUACUGUCACUUGCUAGAUUGAUAGGCUACUUUUACAUUUAAAUCUGGAGAGAGUCUGAUCUGAACUAAAAAGGAUUUGUACAUUAAAGUCUGUAUACCUCUUUAAAAUCACACCCUUUAAAGUUAAUAUUGGCAUUACUGAAAUGAUUUUUUGAGUUUGAUACAAAAUGUACAAAUGAUGUACAUAUGCAAAUUGAUUUGUAAAUGUGCUUCAGAUCUGCAGUGGAUGUACAAUAAUCAGUUACACACUUGUAGUCUCAGUUCUGAGACCAGCAUGACUUGAAUAUUUCAAAGGCCAUAUUUUCCAAAAUGCAUCGAACUAGUGACCAUACUUUUUUGAAAUGCUGGAAGAACUUAAUUCUACAGACUACUGAUUUGGAGAAUUUUGCAAACAAAAAACGUUAAAUAUCCAAGGACUUAAUAAUUACUUAAAAUACUUUGAAGUCAAUUUGUCCUGUAGGACAUGUGUAACCUUGCUGUUGACUGUCACUUCCACAAUGAUAUUAUGGUAUCUUCUGUGCAGGAGCUAGGGGCUCAAAAGAAAAGGUGAUGGAUUCUUAAUCUUGUUCUAUUGUGUUUAAAUGGGGUAGUAAGGCAUGCUUUUGGUUGAUAUCUUUUAUGUCCAUGGAACACAAGGAGACUACUGAUGGUUUGUACAAGUGUACUUGCAAUCUAUUUAUUUAUAGACACUUAUUAAGUAAUGGCCAUUGGUCUGUUAACCAAUCAAGAAAACAUACAGAUAAGAACUACAGUUCUGUAAGCAGCUAAAAUUUUGAUCAAAAUUCUGAUCUUAAGUGCCUCUUAAUACCUAUUCUGUUUUUGCUUUGUUUUCUGCAUUAACAUUAGUCAUGCAGCUACAUAUUGAUUGCAUUUAAUCUAAUGUUUAUCUGAAGAGCUCAAGUCUCUUCAGGUGAGCAUCAAGAUAAUGUUCAGUGUAAAUGAUUUGCAAGGACCUUGUAAACUGUAAUUUGAAUGUGUGCAUUUCAGACUUAAUUAUUCAAGAGUAGGAGGGAAAAAAAAUCAGUAAGAAUCGCAGUGCCAUUCUGUGAGUGUUCAAGAUGGCAAUAGCCAUGGAGUGAUAUUUUGUAAAGGUGCUCUUAGAAAUUAUCCUUAAAAGAAGUAAAUAUCGUGGAAGGCUUAACAUCGUGUUGGAAAUACACAAGUUAUCCAUUCUGACGUACACCUGUCUUAUGCAGUUAAAAUGCCUCACUCCUACAUACCAAAUUUUGUAAGAAAUGCCUUGGGAUCCAAAAACUUUUGUGCAACAUUGAUUUUGAUAAUCUAUUAUUAGUGUAAAAGGUGCCCUAAAUUCAUUCAGAUGUGCCCAGUUGCUUCAGUAAUCAAUUUAUUUUAGAAUCUAAUCAAAUUGCGAUACUACCAAAUCCGUUUCAAUGCUGGAAAUCAAUGGUCAAAGUUUUAAUGACUGACUCUAUUAAUACAGUACAUAUUACAUCUUCAGAGGUUAGGAUUUAGACACAGAUCUCUUUAAAACCAAUUGUGAUUUUGCUGAGCUGCACUUUUAUUAUAUCAUAUUGUCAAAAGUAGAAGGAAAUUGACUGCUUAAUCAGCUAACUUAAAAAAUGCAUUGUAUGAAAACAAUAACUAUUUGUUUGUCAGGCUUUAAUUCUCCUGUCAGUUUAAUUUAACAGUCAUAUUGCCUUUGAAUUAUCUUGAUAUAACCCAGUUCACAUGGUGCCUAUAUGAUUAAUAAUGCUGAUUAUAAACUAGAAUAAUCUGAAAAUGUACCUGCACCAUGAAGAUAAUUGCAUUGUCAAAAGCAUGUGGAUCUGAGAUGUCUAAAUAUGGGAAAUGCUUUACAAGUACUCCUGCAGUUCAUUCUUGUACUUUUAAUUAUUGUAGUAAUAUGCAUUUGUUUGUGAUUUAGACACUUCCAAACAUUUGAAGAUGUGCCUGUUCAUUUUAGUUAAUACUCAUUUAAAAUGGAUUUUGUUGAUGUACAGUGUGGUUGUGUAAAAUAUUGGUUGUUUAAGGCUCUUCCUUUUUGUGAUGGGUUAUUUUGAUUAAUGUGGAAGGUAACAUGAAAUUUUACUUCUAAUGUUUAUAUUUUGAAAUAAAGAAUUUAAAUCCCA